AUGGGCUUCACCCGACCUGACCAGGCGACUCUUGAGCAGUACCGUGACGCUGCGACCCAGGGCCACAAGUCCUACUGGGAGCAGAACGGCGGCUCCCCCAACCCCGACUCCUACUUCCCCGGCUACGAGGCCGGCUGGAAUACUGCCGCCGGCGCGCUCGAGCAGGGCCUCGGUCUCCCCGACGCGGAGGCGCAGGGCAAGGGCGACGAAGAGUGGGAGUGGAAGCACGGAUUCAAGCAGGGCGCCAAGGACGUCGAGAAGGCCGGUUCCAACUAG